CCUGUCAUCAUCCACUCGUCUCUGCAUCCAUUGCCGGGAUGGCGGAGCUGGAGGGCUUCGAGUAUGGCAAGUCGGACUUUGUGCUCCUGGACGAGGUGACCAUGGAGCAGUUCCUGGAGAACCUGAAGCUCAGGUUCGAGAAAGGCCGAAUCUACACGUUUAUCGGAGAGGUGGUGGUAUCGGUGAAUCCUUACAGGCAGAUGGACAUAUACGGGGAGGAAGCCGUUGGUGCAUACAGAGGGAGAGAGCUGUACGAAAACCCGCCUCACCUCUACGCAGUGGCUGAUGCGGCCUACAAAGCCAUGAAGAGAAGAGCGAAAGACACCUGCAUCGUCAUUUCAGGUGAAAGUGGAGCGGGGAAGACAGAAGCCAGCAAAUACAUCAUGCAAUACAUCGCAGCAAUCACUAACCCCAGCCAAAGGGAAGAAGUUGAGAGUGUGAAGAACGUGCUCCUGAAAUCCAACUGUGUCUUGGAGGCAUUUGGAAAUGCCAAGACCAACCGCAACGACAACUCGAGCCGGUUUGGGAAGUACAUGGACAUUAACUUCAACUUUAAUGGAGACCCAACAGGAGGACAUAUCAACAAUUACCUGCUGGAGAAGUCAAGGGUCAUCCAACAGCAAGAGGGUGAGAGAAAUUUCCACUCAUUCUACCAGUUGUUACGUGGAGGUUCGGAUGAUCUUCUGAACUCCCUCCAUCUUAACAACGAUCCUUCAGAGUACUUGUACACCAAGCAGGGCUCCUCAGUCACUUCUUCCAGUGAUGAUCGGCGGAGUCACAGGGAGGUGAUGAGAGCGCUACAGGUGAUUGGCUUCAGUCAGGAGGAAGUCAACUCCAUCUAUAAAAUCCUGUCCACCAUCCUCCUCCUGGGGAACCUGCAGUUUGUGAGUGAUGGAGAGAGCGUGGAGUUGGUCGGAGGUGACACAGUGAAACACAUUGCUGAGCUCACAUCCUCUGAGGAAGAGAGUGUGUCUAAAACACUGUUGUAUCGUACAGUGGCUACAGGAGGCGGCGAGGUCAUCUCCAAAGGGCACAGCGAGCAGGAGGCCAGCUAUGGCCGAGACGCUUUUGCCAAGGCUUUAUAUGAGCGGUUGUUUGGUUGGAUUGUUGGUCAAAUUAACAGUGUGAUUGAGGUGAAGAACUACAACCCAGCUCUGCACGGCAAAAACACAGUGAUCGGAGUGCUGGAUAUUUAUGGCUUUGAAAUCUUUGACAAUAACAGUUUUGAGCAGUUCUGUAUUAACUACUGUAACGAGAAGCUACAGCAGCUGUUCAUUGAGCUCAUCCUAAGACAGGAACAGGAGGAGUACCACAGAGAGGGCAUCACAUGGCAACAUAUUGACUACUUCAAUAACCAGAUCAUUGUGGAUCUAGUGGAACAGCCGCACAAGGGCAUCAUUUCCAUUCUGGAUGAGGCCUGCCUCACUGUCGGAAAAGUCACAGACACAGUCUGCUUGGAGAGCAUGAACAACAAGCUUGGCCAGCACCCUCACUACACAUCCCGCAAGCUGUGUCCCACUGACAAGAGCAUGGAGUUUAAUCGUCAUUUCCGCAUCCGACACUACGCUGGUGAUGUCACAUACUCAGUGGAAGGAUUUCUGGACAAGAACAAGGAUCCACUCUUCCAGGAUUUUAAACGUUUGAUGUAUAACAGUUCAGACCCGGUGCUUAAGGACAUGUGGCCUGAUGGGAAGCUGGGCAUUACGGAGGUGACCAAGCGGCCGCUGACUGCAGCGACGCUCUUCAAGAACUCCAUAAUCGCCCUGGUUGAUAAACUCGCCUGCAAGGAGCCAUACUACGUGCGCUGCAUUAAACCCAAUGAGUUGAAGUCUCCGAUGCUGUUUGACGAGGCGCGAUGCCAGCAUCAGGUGGCCUAUCUCGGCUUGCUGGAGAAUGUUCGUGUUCGCAGAGCGGGCUUCGCAUACAGACAGCCCUACGAGCGCUUCCUUCAGAGGUAUAAAAUGACAUGUGAGUACACGUGGCCAAAUCACCUGAUGGCAAGCGACCGCGAAGCCGUGGAGGCCAUCAUCGUCCAGCACAGCUUUGAAGAAGACGUGGCGUAUGGACAUACCAAACUGUUUGUGCGGACUCCUCGCUCUCUCUUCAGUCUGGAGCAGGAGAGAGCUGCACUCAUUCCCAUCCUUGUCCUCUUCCUGCAGAAGGUGUGGCGUGGCGCCUUGGCACGGAUGCGAUGUCGGCGUAUGCGGGCGAUCUAUACCAUAAUGGGCUGCUAUAAACGCUAUAAAGUAAAGGCUCACUUCUGGGAGGUGGAGAGACGCUUUGCUAACGUGCGCAACAUGGACGACUAUGGGAAGAGCGUGGAGUGGCCGACCCCACCUGCUGCCCUGCUACAGUUCCACAAAAUCACACAACACCUACAUCGCCGAUGGAGAGCGAGACGGAUCGUAAAGAACAUCCCUCCAUCCGAUAUGGCAGAGGUGCGGGCGAAAGUGGCAGCUAUGAGCGCUCUGAGCGGAGAGAGAGUAGAUUGGGGAUACAGCCGAGCCUGGGAGAGAGACUACCUAGCCAACGCAAAAGACUCUCCAUUAACCAGCUCAAAUUUUGUCAGAAUCACCAAAGAGUUGAAGAACAAAGAUCAGUACAGCCAAGUCCUCUUUUCUAGCUUUGUCAGGAUGCUGAACUGGUUCAAUAACACAAAAGACAGAGCUCUUCUCAUCACAGACAAGCACAUCUACAGACUUGAGCCCAAGAAGCACUUCAAAGUGCAGAAACGAAUAGCAAUAGAGACUGUUACUGGUUUAAGUGUAACAAGUGGAACGGACCAGAUGGUGGCUCUACAUACUGCGUCUCAUGAUGAUGUGUUGAUACACCUGCAGAGGGGUCAGUUGACGACAAAGCAGGACCGCAUCGGGGAACUCGUUGGCACGUUGUGUGAUCAUUUCGCACGGGUGAGAAACACUCCUCUGACUGUUAAAGUGAUCUCCACUGGCAUCCAAGUGCACCUGAGCGGUAAAGCAAAGACCGUGACGGUGGAGACGAGGCCCGGACAAACCACAGUUGACUUCAAGAAAAGUCGCUCAGGAUUCACUUUAGUGCUUCCUCCUUAGUGAAAUGGUGUCUGAUUAGCCAGAAUGACUCAAAAUCAGGGAUAUCAUUGCAACAUCAGGGAUAUCAUCUCUCACUGAGAAGAGCUGACUGCCGAAAUCAAGAAUCUUUAAAGAUAAACAUGUAUUUAAAAUCCCAAGGCUUGCACUUUUUAAAAUGAAUAUUAAUAGCUUUUUAUUUGUAGAUGUCUUUAUAAAUUUUUUCCAUUCAUUCAAGUUUUUCAUAAUCAUAUAAAAAUAGCAUUGCUAUAGGAUACUAUGCCAUGUUCUUAAAAUGAUUGGAGCAGUAUUUAUAUAUGAGGAUAUAUAUUUUUGGUGCACUUUGUACAGACUGAUAAACAAUCAUGCAUUGUUUGCAACAUUAACACCAAGUAUUAAAAUUUUAAUAGAGCUACUAUAUUUAUCA